GGGGGCGCAAGAUGGCGGCGGGCGCUGAGCGCUGUGCUCGCAGCUGGCCAAGGACCUCCUGCACCCCUCCCCGGAGGAGGAGAAGCGCAAGCACAAGAAGAAGCGCCUGGUGCAGAGCCCCAACUCCUACUUCAUGGACGUCAAGUGCCCAGGCUGCUAUAAAAUCACCACCGUGUUCAGCCACGCGCAGACCGUCGUGCUCUGCGUCGGCUGCUCCACCGUGCUGUGCCAGCCCACGGGCGGCAAGGCGCGUCUCACAGAAGGAUGCUCGUUCCGAAGAAAGCAGCAUUAAAGCCUCGGCGCCGGGAUGGCCGGGGCUGCGCACACAGCGGCCGCGCGGCACGGAGCCCCGGGAGGCAUCCCGGCACUGCGAGCUGUGCUGGACCCUGCGGCCCCCCCCAUCUUCCUGUCAAUAAAUUUUGGAUAAAACA